CCUGCCUGAGCUGCCUGAUUACGCCGCGCGCCAUUCCUUCCAAGGGUCUUGGGGUCUCACAUCCCAACUUCUCCCACUGCAUCUUGCCCUGGGUCUGGGUUCUGGAACAAGUUCAUGGCAUACAAUUUAUAACUCUCGGCCCAGCAAUCUCGAAUAUGGCGUCAGCACAACCGCUUCCAAUGCCUUCCGAAGUCCCCGUGCAACCAGCACCAGCGGCCCCUGCUCCUAAGCAUCGAGCCUGCGAUGAGUGCAGAGCGCGCAAACUUGCUUGUACCAAAGAGCCUGAUGGCUGCUCACGCUGCAAACGCGAAAGCAUCACCUGCCACUAUUCUCUCCAGAAACCCAUGGGUCGCCCUCGGAAGCGGCCCAGGGAGGACAAUACUGUCGACGCUAAGCCAGCGGUCCCGGAUGAGGAACCGGCCGCGAAGACCACCAUGGCCCAGAUCCCUCCGAAUGUCGCGGACCCUGGAAUGGGUCUGAUUGAUUUGCUGCUCAGCGAGGAGAAUCUGUACGAUAUGUCAUCCUCGCUCGACUUCAUGGGCUUGUCGUCACAGACGGUGAUGCCAGACUUUAAUCUUCCCAUGGAGCCGAUCAAGGAUACAACUACCACCCCGUUUCAGUUCCAGUGGGGCGGCGAUGUUGGCGAUCUCGACUUUGGCUUGCCAGGCCAUAGCCAUGGCCUCGCAACAUCAGACCUGGAACCGGCCUUUUUCAUGACCUCCACGGACACCCCGCCACCCGCAGAGCAAGUCCCAGCACUGUCGCCAAACACCAACAAUUCCGCAAGCAAUCCCGACAGCCCAGCGACGACGUCAACAUGCACUACUGUGCCCAAGAGGAAAUGUGCCUGCAGCGCGAGCCUGUACCUAGCCCUAAGCUCGCUGCAGAACCUCGAAAACGACGUGGCCGGUGGUGUCCGACAAGCCCGCCUAGCUGCCAAAACGGCCUACGAGGUUGUCAACUGCACAGUGUGCUCAGCCCGGAUCGACACCAUGCCUCAGCUCGCGGCGUUUAAUCCCAUGCAGGGCUUCCAAAAUAUGAUGUUGCUCGCGACGCUCAUACCGAGUUUGGUCCACGCCUACUCAGAGAUUCUUCGCUUGGUGGAUGCGGAGGCCCAAAGGGCACGUGCAGAACGUCGGCAGCUCGUCUUUAUGCUGGACGGUUUGGGAGGCAUAUGGGGCGGCCUCGGCAACGAGGGGUCCGCCUGUGAUACCGGUAGCAUGGCGAAGCAGUACCAGUUCCGCGAGAUGGAUCCUACUCUAUGGCGCCUCACCGUACGGGCCUUGCUCAAAAUCGAUGUAUAUGGCUUGUCGCACAACAAAGCAGACCCCACACCGACUGCUCACUGCGAGCCGUUUCAUCUCGGGCUCAGAGACAUCGUCAAUCUCAUGGACGCCAAGUCGAAAGCCCGGCAUGCAUAUAUGGACACCAUGGUUGCCAACGGGGUCUCUUUAUCUGACUGCGGUGAAAAUGUUGGUUUCAAGCUGCACGAAGAUGGAGAAACGCCCACAUGCCAAAAGGUAAUUGAGAUCGCCCGUCGCUCUAUCGAUACUCUCGUCAUACCUUGAGCCGUCAGGUUUGCGGUAUUGCGAAACGGUGUCGAUUGUGACAAGACCAGGCGCAACGCCUGCCGAGGUGUCGCUGUGGGCGCCAUAA